AUGAAAAAUAACACAGCGAUAACCACAUUUAUCCUUUGGGGACUAACAGAAGACCCUCAACUGCAAAUUCUGGUUUUUAUAUUUCUACUUAUCACCUACAUGCUGAGUGUAAUUGGAAAUCUGACCAUCAUUUGUCUUAUAUUAGUGGAUUCCCGUCUUAAAACUGCCAUGUACUUUUUUCUCCAAAAUUUCUCCUUCUUGGAAAUCUCAUUCACCUCUGCUUGCAUUCCUAGAUUCCUAUACAGUAUAUCAACAGGUGACAGGACUAUUACUUAUAAUGCAUGUGCAUGUCAACUGUUUUUUACAUACUUGUUUGGAGUCACAGAAUUUUUCCUCUUGGCUACCAUGUCCUAUGAUCGAUACGUGGCCAUCUGCAAACCCUUGCAUUACAUGACCAUAAUGAACAAUAGAGCCUGCAAAAGGUUUAUCUUGGCCUGCUGGAUGACUACAUUGUUGAUCAUAUUCCCACCUCUUAGCAUGGGACUGGAUCUGGAAUUCUGUGAUUCUAACGUCAUUGACCACUUUGUCUGUGAUGCUAAUCCUAUCUUGAAAAUCUCAUGCACAGAUACAUGGUUCAUAGAACAAAUGGUUAUUGUCUGUUCUGUAGUUAUCUUUAUUAUGACUCUUAUAUGUGUGGUUUUGUCCUAUGCCUUUAUCAUCAGAACAAUUUUAGGAUUCCCCUCAGCUCAACAAAGGAAAAAGGCCUUUUCUACUUGCUCUUCCCACAUGAUUGUGGUGUCGAUCACCUAUGGCAGUUGCAUCUUUGUCUAUAUCAAACCUUCAGCAAAAGAUGAAAUGGCCAUUAACAAAGGAGUAACAAUAUUAACUACUUCUAUCUCACCUAUGUUAAACCCAUUCAUUUAUACAUUGAGGAACAAACAAGUCCAACAAGCCCUUAAUGACUUAAUCAAAAGAAUUAUAUUUGUCUCAAAGCCUUAG